UUUAGGGUGUUCUUUUUCUUCUUCUUUUGGAGCCAAAAACAACGGUACGUACAUGAGGGAUAAGCCACCAUUUUCACUAUUCUAAAUUUCCCUUCACUUCAGGGCUGAGUACGGAACAUCGAUAGAAACCGUAGCUACCACCGCCUCCGCUGACCUGUUUGACCAUCGCGCUGUCACACUUCUCUUCUCUCUCGCCUAAGACUAAGGGUUUUAUAAGGUGGCUAAAUUAGCUCAAUCCAUACGAGCUGAGUUGGAUUGGCUAUCUCGAUAAAGCUAAUUCAAGUUUUGUAGAUCCAUUGACAACCCGCCCAAUCCAACCCAACCCACUCCAUUGUAAUUUGAUUGUGCACAGUGUUUCCGUUAUCAUUGCAGAAAACCCUAAAAACCUCGUUGUAUUGGGUACAAUACUAAAUUGGCCUGAAAUUCUUCCAAUUGGAGCUUCUCUCACCUUUGCUGCUCGAAGUUAUUGCAGAGUUAGCUAUUUAGUCACACAUGGAUGUCACACCAGGCGCCCAAUCUCAAUGGGAUUUUAGCUGUGACCUAGAAGUGGAUUUUGGAUCUGAAGAGAAUGCUUCUAUUGUGUACGCUACCAUAAUUGUUGACAAGGAAUUGCAACCUGGUAAAGUAAAACGAUUCAUGACAGUUUCUAAUGGAAAGCUAAUAGUGCACUUUGAGGCAAUAGAAGCCAGAUUUCUUCGCGCGUCAUUCAGUGCUUUUAUGGACGUCCUUAUACUAGCAACCAAAACAAUUGAAGAAUUUGGUCAAGGAAUGGAGUUGUGAGAGAUCAGCUUCUCUUUUGGUUGUUGCAUUAUUUAAACGUACCCUGUAACUUCAAAUGUUAAAAUGUAGUACCACUAUUACUUUUUGUAUGAUUAUUUAAGCAUGAAGUUUUUAAUACAUGAUGGAUGAUUUAAGCUGUA